CGUCGCAAUGAACAUCGCUCAACGAUUAGCGUUUCUCUGGUGUGGCUUCUGUCUUCUCCACUACGCUCCGGUGCAAGCAAAGCUACGAGUGGCUGAACAAAAAUGUCUGGAAUACAUCGAUCAAAACACUCAGCAAUCGUAUGGGGGAACUCUUAGCCUGAAUCCAGAUGUGAUACAAUUUAAGGCUGCCAAUUGCUCGACGUCCGUCGAUUUGAUCAUCAAUGGCGUUGAGGCACUGGUUGGUGAAUUUCCCCAUCAAGCCGUGCUCGGUAAACCGAAGAAUGGCUCGGCCGAAUUGGAGUACUACUGCGGAGGAUCGCUGAUCAGUGAGCGGUUUGUGCUAACCGCGGCCCAUUGCCCCAGACCAACAAUUGUUCGCCUGGGGGUACACAAUCUAACAGAUGUGAAUGACAACGAGGUAGACUGUAUGGUGUCUGAUUACAUUCGCCAUCCGAGCUUUACUAUUAGUAAAGCUUACUUCGACUUGGCACUGGUGCAAUUGUCAAUCGAAGUGGACUUCUUCCCUGAAAUACGUCCCGCUUGCCUAUGGACGAGUGAUCCGUUCAACUACAGCACGGUGGUGGCAUCCGGUUUUGGAGCGACGGAGCAUGGUCCCAACUCUACGGUUUUGAUGAAGGUGCGACUGAAUGUGAUGGACAAAGCAAAAUGCGAGGAUAAAUUCUUCGGCUAUAGGAAACUUGAUGACGGCAUCAUGGAUGAGCAAAUGUGCGUCGGAAGUCAGGAGGGAGGAAGGGAUACCUGCAAUGGUGACUCCGGUGGACCGAUUCAGGUUGCCACGGAUCUGGAAACUUGUGCCUACUACGUGGUAGGAAUUACGUCCUCUGGCGGUGCAUGUGGCAUAGGGACGAGUGAGUCUGUGUACACAAAGGUGGCGAGCUAUGUUGAUUGGAUCGAGCAGCAUGUGUGGCCCGAUGAGUGGAUUCAAAGCAGGGAAAUUGAAUCGAAGGAAGCUGAACCAACUAACUACCGAAUCUACUUUCCUGGAAAUUAUUAGUUUGAGAUAAGGUUUUGAUACAGUGAUAAGUGAUCGGUUGCUAGCAAGUGCCUUCGUGAAGAUGUUUGACUGUAAAUAAAGCAUUUCUGUUUUGGAAUGGAUGUAAGUGUUGCAAAUUUUCGUAAGGACUUGACUUAAGAUACCUUAGAAUAACUUAAAUUGUACAGUAUGGACAGCUGCCAGGAUCUUUAAGUCAAACGAUCAGGUUCUCAAUUCAGAUUCCAGGUCAUUAGACCAUUUGCUCUAAUGACUUGAUUUACCUUGUUGAAUCUAACGCUACGUGGCAGAAUCAAUGCUCAAAAACCGAUGGAAAAGGCUAUUUCGAAGACAAACGUCAUCUAACGUACAGUAUGCAGUGAUCAGUGUAAUAAAACGUACCGAACUUGGACCAGGCAAGCUGUAGGAAUUGAGCGAGGAAAACAUAUUGUCUAAAAACUGAAACUGCGUCUGUCCACAGUAGUCCAUGAAAAAUACAGUUUUUUAGCUCUAAAUUUUUUGUU